GGUAGAGAGGAGGUCCCGCCCCAACCUCGCUCUCCUUUACGGGAAGUGAUGUGGGGCCGGACGGAAAACACCCGCCAAAGACCCAAAAAGGCCAGCAGCGACUGGACGCGGCGCGUGCGGAGGCAGAGCGGCGUGGGCACAGCGGGCUGAGCCAGAGAAAAAGUAGCUCUUUGAAGAAGACAUGUGAUUGGAAGUUGUCUAAUUAUUGACGUGGUGGGAACUCCAGUCUAAAGUUUUAGGAAAACAACCAGCGAUUUAUACUUUGUCAAGGUGAACCACUGAGUUCUUCAUUAUGUCUGAUGGAGACUAUGAUUACCUCAUCAAGUUUUUAGCUUUGGGAGACUCUGGAGUGGGGAAGACCAGUGUACUUUACCAGUACACAGAUGGUAAAUUUAACUCCAAAUUUAUCACAACAGUGGGCAUUGAUUUCAGGGAAAAGAGAGUGGUGUACAGAGCCAAUGGGCCAGAUGGAACUGUUGGCAGAGGCCAGAGAAUCCACCUGCAGUUAUGGGACACAGCAGGGCAGGAGAGGUUUCGUAGUUUGACAACAGCAUUCUUCAGAGAUGCUAUGGGGUUUCUUCUGCUUUUUGACCUGACAAAUGAGCAAAGUUUCCUCAAUGUCAGAAACUGGAUAAGCCAGCUACAAAUGCAUGCAUAUUGUGAAAACCCAGAUAUAGUGUUAUGUGGAAACAAAAGUGAUCUGGAAGACCAGAGAGUGGUAAAAGAGGAGGAAGCCAGAGAACUUGCAGAGAAAUACGGAAUCCCCUACUUUGAAACUAGUGCUGCCAAUGGGGCAAACAUAAGCCAAGCAAUCGAGAUGCUCCUGGACCUGAUAAUGAAGCGCAUGGAACGGUGUGUGGACAAGUCCUGGAUUCCCGAAGGAGUGGUGCGAUCCAAUGGUCACACCUCUGAAGAUCAGUUAAGUGAACAAAAGGAGAAAGGGGCAUGUGGCUGUUGAAAAGUCAAGUGAACUAUACAAUAAUUCAGGUGACCGGUGUCUGUGAUCUUCUCUGUGGGUGAUACAUAGCACAGAGAGAGAUUAAUGGGCAUUGUGUACAAACUGCUUUUCAUCGUCCCAAUUAGGCCUGUCAAUAAAGCAUCCAGUUUUAAAAUUUAUUUGCUGCAGCUUUGUAAAUAUUUCUUUAAGAUUCAGCCUGAGAGUUAGGAGAAAUAUUUCACAUAGCCAAAAGUGCCUUAUAAAACUUUAGCCCAUGGCAGUAGAUCAUUCACAGAUUCAGGAUUUUGUAGCUACAGAAGAGUGCGUUUAUUUUGUAGAAUGACUGAAGAUACUGUCACCUGCCUUAAUCUGGAUAGGCUCAGAGUCUCACAUUCAAGAUCUUAGAUGGUAUUAUAAAACCAUCAGUCUUUAAUCCAAAUUAAAAAACUCUACUUGUACCAUAGGUGACCUUCUAAAAUGCCAUCUAAACCACUUGAAUGUUAAACAAGAAUGUAUACAAAUGUCAGUUCAAUGUGCUUGAGUAUUAAUUUAUGUAAGCAUUCUCUUUAAAAUGAAUAUAGGACAAAUUGUGGCCGUAUCUAUAGACCCUAGAUAAACUGGACUGACCAGUUAUUCACUCACUGUGACUCUUAUUGGUGAGAAAGGGAUUGUGGGUGAGGGCAGGAGUGGCUUAAUGUAGUAUGAGCAACUGAAGUGGGGCUUCUGGCUCCCUGCUAUAUGCUCAUUGCUCUGCACGGUUGAUUGAAGGAUCGGGGAACUAGAUUUUUAUGGCUUUAGUUCCCUGUGAUCUGUGCAUUUAUACCUGCCUAUGUGCCGGCCACAUCUGAACGUAGCUGGUGUUUAUGCUGAAGUUAUUUGUGUAUUUUAGCUUCUUUUUCUUCAUAUUUAUAAUGUUGUUCUGGCAUCCUCAGAUUGCAGUUUCAAUUAGCUUGUGAAAUACUACUCAUCUUCUGUCUUCACCAGCAGGCUCUGUAUUGUUGAUAUUUCAACUUGUUUUAUUCUUACAUUGGCGGAAUUGAAGGAAUUAGUUUUUAAUUGCAUAAAAUGUCUGUUUACUAAUUGGUGGAAGAUAGAUGUUUGUAUUUAAGCAGUUACAUUUGUAUUCUAGCUCAAUAGAAGAAAGCCGAAGUGUUGUAUAGCCUGUAUUUUUCAUUGAGAUCAUGGGCAUUUACUGUACUUGCUGGAUCUUACCAAGGUCAUGUAUUCUUCUGCAUUGCCAAAGUGUCUGCAUACCAAAUUAAAGGGGUUUUUAAAUACGCUUCAUGGCAGUUGUUUAUAAAGGUCAAAGGGGAAAAUUCUUAUUUAUUAAAGUGGUUUAAAUAAAAUAGAUUAAAAUGUCCAAAGAGUUUAAUGGCUAUUUAGGAAAAAAAUAUCACUUAUAAUUUAAAUAAAGGAUAAAAAUACACAUAUUUUGUAGUGGCAAAUGUUUAGCAGAACUGUAAUUAGAAAAAUACAACUAUGAUGGGAAGUAAUUACUUUUACAUGAUAAUUUUCAAAUGGCUUUUUAUUGAGUAUCCUGGGCUUUUUUUGCCACUGCCUUCCCACCACUCCCGUAAAAAACUUAGCUGUGGUUACUAAGAUCUUAUCUAUUUCUGUCCUUGAAAUGGGGACUUCUUUUAAAUAUUAAAGAAGUCAUUGAGUCUUAUGCAUUUGAAUUGUGUAUUCUAGUGAGAGAAAGAUUCAGACAUUUCAAGGGCAGGGUCACAAUCACAAGCAGUGCCUUCUAAAGUUGUCAUUAAGAAUUUCAGUGGAGUAAAUCAUAAUUUCACAGCUACAUAUCAGGGAACAUUUUAUAUGGUCUGUUUGUGUAGUUAAAAAGAAGACAAUAUUUGUAUCUUUCAGUCUUUCAAGAACCAAAUGAGCAAUUAAGUACAGUUUCCAUUGACCUGGAACAUAAUGUACAAUUAAACAUAUACAUGAUAUAGUGCACCCACAAGAACCAUCUUUAAUUAUUGAAAUAAAUAACCUGUAGUCUCUUUGGAAAUCGUUUGUUUAAAUUUGAUAUUGAAGUACCAUAUUUUUGUGCCUUGAUGUAUUUUUCUAUUUACAAACCUGUAUAAAAGUGAAGUGUAUCUUCAGUGAACUUUGUGCCAAUUAAACUUAUAAUAAACAAGUGGUCUAGUCUCUCAA